GAAGAAUCCAGGAAGCGUGUCUCCGUAUUACUGUUACGAUGGAGACGAUUGUUGCCAAGGUGCAGUCGUGGGAAUGCAGUUACCAUGGUGACAAGUACAAAAAGUUUGCUUCCCUUCGUGAAACUUUGAUGGAAAUUACGCAUGAUUUGUGUUCCUUGUUGGUCAAGUUAUUAACGACGAUGUGUGAACCAUCACUAASGAAGUCAGAUUGCCUUGGCACCAUUCAAGAAGCAGAGUCUCGUAUCAAGGAGGCCGUGAAACAAACAGCAAAACUCGCUGUAUUCACACUUAACGCGGACAGUCAGUUUGACAAGGACACUCGUCGUGAUGUUGAUUURGAAGAAGCGUUUAUUUCGGGUCAGGAACAGUUUUUACAGAAUUCAAUUCGACAUUCUCUUGAUUCACUUGAUAGUAUUCAAGAACAGGUCGACGAAAACGUCUUGAGAACCGAUGUCACUGAGAUUGAAAAAGAAGUUACAGAGGAUGUAGUGAAACUUUUACGUGCUACAUCAGACUUUAUUCACCAAGGUCGGGAAAUGCAGUUUCAGUUACAGUCAUCGUCAAGAGAGGASAAACGCAGCUCUAAUGGCGAUCGACUUCCAUUCGUUGUUCGACUCAUCCGAGACUUAGACACGAUUCUCGACAUCACUCGRUCACUCGCUUCGACAACACCACAAGCUUGCGACGACAUGGAACUUCAUGUAUUAGAACCAUAUCCCGAACAGAUAUCCGAUACUGCCGAAGACAUUACGAGAAGCUGYCGAAAAUUCAUCGAUCUGGAGAAAAACAAUUUCCGGCAAGAAAUCCUUGGUGAUAUCUUCGACGAACUGGAAUAUUUGGAGAAAAAAUCAAUCGAUAUUCAGUCGGCUGGUUCCGAAUUAAAAAGCACUUUACAGCGGUUUAUGUUUCUAAGUCCAAGAAGUCUGCAAAGAAGCAACAAGAAGGCAAUUACUGUGGAUUCUAGUAGAAAUGUUUCGUCUAUAGAUGGAAUUGUSUUAACAGAUGAAGARAAAAUCGCAAUAARACAACGAAUUAAUCAAGAAUCGCCGAUUUAGCCAAGCAAUGCCGUAAAUAAUAAAAACUAACUUAUUAAUGGAAUUUUUCUUGGRAGAUUUUYCCCUUGGAUAGUACAGUGACAAUUUGUUUGGGUUUAUCAUUCAUAACCGUCCUCCAGUCUUCUCCCUUUCCAUGCCUGGAAUUUGGAUACCCUUUAAUCAUUUUCCGUGGAAACGUAAAGAAAAGAGCCAAUCACA